AAAUAAAAAUUAGUCGUUAUGACCGUUCGGAUCAGGCCGACCCGGCCCGGCCACAACGGUCACGAAUUUGAUUAUUGUGGUCGGGCCGGGCCAAGCUCAGUGCGGGCUUCGACGAAGCGGCCCGGGCCCAGAGCCUGGUUAGGCCCGGGUUUUCGGGCCAUGCUCGGGCCCGGAUCGGGCUUGAGCCUGGACGAGUCCGGACCUUGGGCCCAAAGGACAGCCCUAGACAUGGAGGCUACUACAAAAGAAAUCUCGACCAAGACUGAAGCAGCGCAGUCCACAUAAGUGGCCCAUCCUCCCCUUGGUGCUCCCAAGAUGAAGGUGGGCGGCCUAGGUACUGCCUAGGCUGAGGCGGGCUUGGCGCUUUCUUUUUAGAACAUUGCGCAUGUUGACACGUUUACAUAAUAACUUAUAGUUUCAUCAUACCCUGCCAUUUCCUUGAUUAUUAAACCUCUAAAGGCAAUCCCAGAAGAAACAAAAAAACCAUAAAAUAAACCUGAUUACCCUCUUUUGCUCCACCCACCCACCCAUCCAAAAAAGAACAUUAAUUCUUAAUUUUUUUUCCAUAAAGAUACAUAUCAUCUUUGUUUUGAGUUUUGAGUUGAGUGAAAAUUUAGUUGAAAUGGUCCAUGAGGAUUAAAUCCUAGAAACUGACAAAUACCCACAAAACCCCUACCAAUUCCAAUAAACACCUUAAGAAAAUCCUACUGGAAAUUUCCAAUGUUCUCCUCGUACUCGUAGUAUUCAAGCAGAUUGGAGAAGAAAAAUCUCCCAUUCUACUGUAGAUCAAUUUUGAUUAUUUAGGUCUGAGUAAGAUGAGGGAACCAAUGAGGCGAAGUUUUUAAAUGUGUCAUAAAGAACGGCCUUCUAAAGCGCCAAGGCCUUCUGUCUUCUGGAUAUUUGGUUGGUUGUUGGUGAGCAGUUUGUUAUAAAGGGCAUGAGAAGUGUAGAGAUGGUCAUGGAUGCACAUUGGAUCAUAAGCUUAACAUUUGCUUAUGACUACUCCACAAGAAUCCAGAGGUUCAUAUGGGUACUUAGUGAGUAAACAUCGUGGUUUGAUAUUUCUUAAUAUUGGUAGCAUUAUCUAUGUUUAUAAGUAUGAGAAAAGGGAAAGAAUUGCUUUAUUACGAGACACAAUGAUGCAUUUUAAUUUCAGCGCUGUAUUUUAUGUUGAGAUCAAUCAAUACAGAAUGUUUAAUUUGGACUAGUAUCGCUCUGGUUCUCCAAUGAAACUAUUAUCAUUGUAUGCAUAGUGUACUUCCAUGUUACUUCUAGUUUCUUAAGUUAAAAGGCUUAAGAGUUUGUGCUAUUAGUUUCACAUGUUUUAUGCAGUUGACAUAUCUUAGAGUUGGCAAGUUUUUGAGAAGAGAAGCACAAAUUAGUGACAAACCUGAUAUCCUUGUAUUCACUUAGAAAUUCGGGAUGUGUGUAAUCAUUUUGUUAGUGGUAUCUUUCUGUCUCUUAAUAUGUGCACCAAAAAGGAAGCAAUUUGUAGACAAUCAUAGCUUUCUGACUCUACAUGAUUUUGGAAGGGGAAUCAGAAGCUGAAAGCUUGAAAUACAAGACUCGAGAAGAACUAUUGGAACGAGUGCUACCUAACACUGAUUGCCAAAAUAACAUUGAUGGAUUACUGUUAUUAAGUUCCCUUUCAUGCGGAAUAACAUCGUGGUUGAGUUUUGUUCAAGUUGCACAAUCAAGCGAGGAAGUGAGAACAAACAUGGUGUAUGAAACGGGAGAGCUGUUUGAACUGGGAAUUCAGCUAUCUUAUUUGCUCAUAUUACUAGGUCUUCUUGGAGUUGGGACCUUCUUUGUCAUCCGCCAGGUUCUCGUUAGACGAGAACUUGACCUCUCUGCUAAAGAAUUACAGGAGCAAGUUCGAAGUGGUGAUGCCUCUGCCACAGAGUAUUUUGAGCUCGGGGCUGUCAUGCUAAGAAGAAAAUUCUACUCUGCAGCAAUAAAAUAUUUGCAACAAGCCGUUGAGAAGUGGGAUAGGGAUGAUUCGGAUCUGGCACAGGUAUACAAUGCUCUUGGGGUAAGCUAUGUGCGUGACAACAAGCUCGAGAAGGGGAUUACACAAUUCGAGACUGCUGUAAAACUCCAACCUGGUUAUGUUACAGCAUGGAACAACCUUGGAGAUGCCUAUGAGAAAAGAAAAGAUUUAAGGGCUGCUUUAAAAGCAUUUGAGGAGGUAUUACUCUUUGAUCCCAACAAUAAGGUCGCACGGCCACGAAGAGAUGAAUUGAGACAGCGUGUUCAGUUGUACAAAGGAGUUCCUCUCAAGUCUGAGGACCGAUAGUUCUUUUGAUGUUGAUCUCAUUUUGUCAUUUUUUUGCUUGUUGAAAUUUAUGAGAGAAGUAGAAACAUGGAUGUUGUAUUGGGAUGGGACUAUAGAGUUGAGAAAGAAUUCGAAAAUGGAAAUAUUUUGUUUAUUGUAUAAAUGAUUUACCAUAGCCUCGCGAAUUCAAGCUGUGCUGCACUGUCUUUCCAAUGAAGCACUGAACUUUCUUAUCAA